AUGGUUACUGUUAGAUGUGGCCCCUCGAUCCUCAACACCGGGUCUGACGACAGAGGUGGCCCCUCGAUCCUCAACACCGGGUCUGAUGACAGAGGUGGCCCCUCGAUCCUCAACACCGGGUCUGACGACGGAGGCGGCCCCUCGAUCCUCAACACCGGGUCUGAUGACAGAGGCGGCCCCUCGAUCCUCAACACCGGGUCUGAUGACAGAGGCGGCCCCUCGAUCCUCAACACCGGGUCUGACGACGGAGGCGGCCCCUCGAUCCUCAGUACCGGGUCUGACGACAGAGGUGGCCCCUCGAUCCUCAGCACCGGGUCUGAUGACAGAGGCGGCCCCUCGAUCCUCAACACCGGGUCUGAUGACAGAGGCGGCCCCUCGAUCCUCAACACCGGGUCUGACGACAGAGGCGGCCCCUCGAUCCUCAGCACCGGGUCUGACGACAGAGGCGGCCCCUCGAUCCUCAACACCGGGUCUGAUGACAGAGGCGGCCCCUCGAUCCUCAACACCGGGUCUGACGACAGAGGCGGCCCCUCGAUCCUCAACACCGGGUCUGACGACAGAGGCGGCCCCUCGAUCCUCAACACCGGGUCUGACGACAGAGGCGGCCCCUCGAUCCUCAACACCGGGUCUGACGACAGAGGAGGCCCCUCGAUCCUCAACACCGGGUCUGACGACAGAGGCGGCCCCUCGAUCCUCAACACCGGGUCUGACGACAGAGGCGGCCCCUCGAUCCUCAACACCGGGUCUGACGACAGAGGCGGCCCCUCGAUCCUCAACACCGGGUCUGACGACAGAGGUGGCCCCUCGAUCCUCAACACCGGGUCUGACGACAGAGGCGGCCCCUCGAUCCUCAACACCGGGUCUGACGACAGAGGCGGCCCCUCGAUCCUCAACACCGGGUCUGACGACGGAGGCGGCCCCUCGAUCCUCAACACCGGGUCUGACGGCGGAGGCGGCCCCUCGAUCCUCAACACCGGGUCUGACGACAGAGGUGGCCCCUCGAUCCUCAACACCGGGUCUGACGACAGAGGCGGCCCCUCGAUCCUCAACACCGGGUCUGACGACGGAGGUGGCCUGUCGUUCGCUGCUCAAUGUGUCUACAGUUUCUUGGUAGAAUCCUGUCUCUUAGCUUGUGCGAUGUUACGAUCACAAGCAGCACAGAAACGGACUCAAGUUCUGCAAGCAGAUCCUGUCCCACCCCAAGUUCACAGAACAUGGAGGAGACGAGGUACCAGUUGCUGCGGCCAGCCCAGAGUGCUUCAUGGAUCGGCUACGCCAUCGCCUCCUAGAGGACUACGAGAUGGCUGCCAAGAUAGUAGAGGAGUUCAGGAAAACACAACAGACGUCUCCAGACAAGCUGAACUGUGAGUACAGUGAGCUGCUGUACCAGAACCAGGUCCUGAGAGAGGCUGGACUCUACAGGGAGGCUCUGGACCACCUCACCACCUACAUGGAACAGUUCUGUGACAAACUGGCCGUCGAGGAGACAUGAGGAGUGUGUUUUUGAACCUGGAUCGUCUGGAUGAAGCUACAGCGGUCUACAGGAGAGAAACGCUGAGAACUGGUCCUACUACCACGGUCUGGAGAAGGCCCUGAAGCCUGCAGCUAAAAAUGGUGUGUCUGGACUCUUCUACAGAAACCAAAGCCGUGGAGCUGGCCA